AUGUGUAUUGACGUGCCAGCUUUGCAGAACUUUGAAGGAAAGGUAGUGGGAGAGUGUAUUUUCUGUUAUUCACCUUUAGAAUCAGUCAGUAUAGUAAAUCGUCCAAAAAAGUCACUUAAAGAUGUGAACAAAUUCUUAUUCUCCUCAUUUGACCGAGUUCAGUCAUCCAUGGAAAACAAAUAUUUACAGUUGCGUGAACCUUACAAAAUCAAAUACGGUAAAGACAUCAUAUCUGCUCUCGACAAGAAACUAGGUGGAGAUUUGGAGAAAACUGUGUUCGCUCUUAUGGAAACUCCCCUAGACUACGAUGUCAAGCAGCUGAAACAAGCCAUUAAGGGCCUUGGCACUGAUGAAGCGGUGCUCAUUGAGAUCCUAUGCUCCCGUACUCCCGACCAACUGGCUGCGAUUCGAAUUGCUUACGAGAAAGAGUAUAAGACACCACUGGAGAAGGAUGUUAGUUGCAACAUUCAAACAAACUUGUUAGGGAUUUGUAGCAUCGGAUUGGCGAGAAAUGUUAUUUUUGCUAAUAGUAAUCAAAGCAAUAUUUUUGCUCAUCUCAAAUCUCCACCAUUUCUGUUCCCUCUGCUUGUCAUGUUCCAAAUUUUUCUUUGA